UCCCACGAACUUACUUUAUGAUCCGAUCACUCAGUUAAUCACACAGAACAACAGCAAAUAGCAAUUCAAAUACUUCACCACAUCCAAAGUUUAAUACCGGAACUCCCAACGUUCUGUCAAGUUUCGUUAGCAUUACAAAAAUGGCCGACCCAGCUGAAGACCGAGAAGAUUUGAUCGCCGAGUCCGCCUUACCAGUCGCAGAAUCGUCCACGGUCACCACCCCAGCAAAUACAUCCUCAACCAUCACGACAAAGUCGUCCGCAAAGCGCAAUGCCUUUGCCGAACUGAUGGCUCCCAAACCAAAAGCGCCAGUCUCGCAAGCCCCGCAAUCUCUCGCCAGCAAAGCCUCCCAGGUCAUCCGUGGUGUCUGGCGCGGCGCCCUAAUCGAAUACAUUGAACAUCCGGAGCGCUUUCCCGACCAGGUCCUGCGCGUAACAGACAAGACGGUCCUUAUCAAAGACGCCUUUCCGAAAGCCACCAUCCACCUGCUUCUCCUCCCGCGCUCACCGGACCACUACCUCGUGCACCCGCACACAGCUUUCAAGGACCCGGCCUUCCUGGCUAUGAUGCGCGAGGAAGCCGCAGUCGCCUCCAAGCUCGCAGCAGCCGAGCUUGCAAGACGGCUGGGCUCCUUCUCGGCCAGAAACCGCGCCCGCAACGAGGCCAUGGACAAGGGCGUCCCGUUCGACGAGCUGCCGCCGGGGAGGGAUUACAGCAAGGAGAUCCGCGUCGGGACACAUGCGCAUCCGUCCAUGGCGCAUCUGCAUGUGCAUAUCAUCUCGAGGGACAUGCACUCUUACCGGACAAGGCACAGGAAGCAUUACAAUAGUUUCAAUACCCCCUUUUUCGUGCCCUUGGCGGAUUACCCGCUUGCUGAAGAUGAUGUGCGAAGGGAGACAGGGUUUCAGAAUGGGAAUCUGGCCAAGGAGUUGGUAUGCUGGAGGUGUGGUAAGGGGUUUGGAAAUCGCUUUGCAGAGCUGAAAAGACAUUUGGAGGAGGAGUUUGAGGAGUGGAGGGCUGAGUGAUGGCGCUGAGUGAUGGCAUCUAACGUAUAUAAUCAGCGAGCGGAAUCAUCAGCGAGCGGAUCAUUCUAGCAAUUUUUGGUAGAGGUGCAUGCAGUAUGACGUUAGAAAAUUGUUAGUGUGAUCUAACAAUUUCUUAUUGUCCCAUUGUGCAUGCUCCACCAAAUAUUGCUAGAGUGAUCCGCUCGCUGGUAAUAUACGUUAUGG